CGCGUGACGACUGCCCCAUCUGCCACACCAAGUGACGACGCUCGCCAUGGCCGACCCCAGGAUCGCUCUCCAGCCGCUCGCGCACCCGAUGUAUCAGCCGCGGACGCCGGAGAUGACGCCGGUGGCGGCGCCGUCGCCAUCGACCAAAGCCCUCCUCUUCCGCCUCUGCCUCUAUGGCUUUUUCGUCGAGCUCAAGCCGUCCGAGGCGUACCUCAACCAGUUUCUGACCCAGGACAAGGGCUUCACCAACGAGCAGACCAACGACGAUAUCUACCCGUGGUUUUCGUACGGCAAGCUGGCCAUGCUCCUGGUCCUGCCGCUCGUCGUCGAGCGCUUCCAGUACCGGACCGUGCUCAUCAUCGAGUCGUGCGGCUUUCUCUGCACGCGGCUGCUCCUGAUAUACGGCACGUCGCUCUUCCUCAUGCAAGUCAUGCAGGUGACGUACGCCGUCGGCACCGCGACCAAAAUUGUCUACUUGACCAUCAUCUACCGCCAAGUCCCUCGCGACGAGUACCACCACGCGACCGCGCUCGUCUGGACGGCGCAGCUCGCCGGCAAGUUUGCCGCGGGCCUCCUCGGCCAGGUCUUGGUGACGCAACACGUGAGCCUCCUGUCGCUCAACUAUGUGUCGUUUGCGAGUGUCGCGAUCUCGCUCGCCCUCGCCUUGAGCCUUCCGCAUGACAAGGCGGACGUGGCGAUCGUCGCCGCGUCGACGACGAUCGAGAAGCGGCCGUUCGCGCGCCGGGAGACGGCCGAUAGCAACCUCAGCGUCGAGAGCAGCGUCCAAAUCCGACCGCACAUGCACCGCAAGUCGGCCUCGAGCCCGCCGCCGAGCGUCUGGCACUGGACCAAUAUCCUCGGGCUCACCUGGAUCGUUCUCACGUGCGGCUCCAAUCUGUUCCAAAACUACAUUCAAAACCGGUGGACCGACUUUACACUGUCAACCACGGAGAAUGGCAUGAUGACGGCGCUCUUCACACUGGCGGGCGCAAGCGCCACGAUCCUCAUGGCGCGUCUCUCCAAGACGCUGCCGCGGUCCCCCACGGGUCUGCGCAUGCUCUUGCUCCUUGGGUCCGUUGGGCUCGUCGUCGCGUCGCUUCGGCAGACGUUGGUCGAGAGUCUAUGGCGUUCGUACCUCUGGUACAUUGCCUACGGCGCCAUCUUUUACGCGCUCAUUACGACGGUGAGCGCCGAGCUCGCGCUGCAGUGCACGACCAAUGACUUUGCCAAGAUGUUUGCGAUCGUGUCGCUCUGCGCGUCCGUCCUCGAGACUAUGCUCACGUUCGUGCUGCAAGGCACGACCAACGGCGUGAGCACGUGGUUCGGCACCGUGACCGUCCUCCACGGCCUCCUCCUCGCCUUUGAUUUGUACGUGUGCUGCCGUGUCCCGCUCGAGCCCCUCCGCGCCGAGCCGACGGCGUAA